AUGACCGGAGACGCAGUGUGCGCGCUGUUCGGAAAUCUGAUGGCCGGGCCCGCGCGUCCGUGGUAUCUGCAACUGAUGAAGUCGACGAGGACUUCAUGGACCGAGUUGAUGGACCAGUUCCGCGUCCACUACUGCGGUAAAGGCGUGACCAUGGUAAGCCGCUACUACCACGCGUCCAAACAUGUGGAUGAGACACCCCUCGAGUACUUGUACCGGCUGAAUGUCGCAGGCAUGAGAGCGAAGAUUCGCUACUCCGAUGGCAUGUCAAAAGAGAAACGCGAACAUGUCGAGCUGUUCAUCAGCACCUUGGGCGCGCAGGAGCAAGAGUUGGCAUCCCGUCUCACGCUGAUAGAAGUGCCGGACACGGCCACGUUGGAGAAGAAGCUUCGCGCGGCCGUCCAUGCAGUCCAGAUCGCGUCCGACGACUAUGACUCGGGACGCGAGGGCGAUUCCGACGACGACCAGAUCUGUGACCAAGAUCGGGACGACGAAGAACGGGCCAAGAUGUUUGUGACGGGGCACGCGCCGCAACAGGAGAACGCGCGUCGCGACUUCGAAACGGGUGGAUCCGUUCACGAUCGACCAACAUGUCGACACUGCGGGUCGCACCGUCACUCCGAGGGAGACUGCUGGGGUCUGCUGACAUGCCAGAAGUGCGCUGGACAGCACCCGCCAGACCGCUGUCUACGCGCGUGCACGUCUCCGCACGCUGUGCACGCGGCUGGGAAAUGUUCUUUGGAGGAGUUCUUCAACCAGUUACACAAGUGGUACAAGCAAGCUAAGAUCCCUGGAAAGCUGAAUAAUCGGAUGGCCGUGCUGUUGCUCGAUACCGGCGCCGAGGUGUCCAUCCUGGACACCACCUUUGCUCGUGAGGUAGGCUGCCAGAUCGAUACGAGCGUGACGCAGGAGGGACGAAACGUACUUCAGGUGGGGAAGACGCGCGUCAAAGUCACGCUGGCGGCGAACAUGGUGUACUACAUGAAUCUCUGGGUCGGAGACCUCGUUGACCAGAACGCGAUCUUCGGGAUGAAUUUCAUGGUACCUGCAGGGGUGCAGAUCGAUACAGCGGACGGCACAGCAUGUCUCCCGGAUGAAGUCCGCAUCCAGAUAAUCGGGAGACGACCGCUGUACGGAUCGCGAAUGCGUCCGGUGACAAUCCCGUCGUUGAUCCGCAUCGCCGCGGGUCAGACUUACGACGUGCCGUUACGACCAGAGAAGAAUGCACCGCGCUUGUGGAUGACGCGAGGGGCGACGAGGGUAACUUCCCUGAUCAAGGCUCCCGUCAGACGUCGUACGUACUUGCGCGUUACGAGCAUCGGAGAGAAGUCGACCGUGCUAGGCGCGCACACGACGAUUGGAUGGCGGACGCCUAUCGACGCGGUACCUCGCGCGUUUGGGAUCGUACAACCUGGAUCGCGAAAGUACGACGAGUGGCAAAACCUGGUGUACGGAGCGACUUCGGACGUAAAUGAUGAAGCCAUAUUCCAGGAGACUAGCGGUCCAAUGGCGGAACGGCGAGAGUAUGCCGAUCCACAAGCAAUCCUGGGCCAAAAAGAGAAGCCAGGAAACUCGCAGGGAGAGGGCCAAGGGAGAAAGGUAGCAGCGAUACCAACCGUUUCACGGGAAGAUAAUACUGAGUCCACCGAUGCAGUUAAGAUUCGGGGCGCCCUUUCUCUGCAGCUCGAGCACGGACCGCGUCUUAGCACGGAGCCCGAGCACGGACCGCGCGGUGAUGCGGAGCCCGAGUACGGACCGCAUCUCAGGAUGGGAUCAGAGUUAUUCGCAGAAGACGAGGAUGCCGAGAUGGCAGUACUGCUAGAGGUUCCGUUGACGACAGAAGGGAAGAUCGGGGAUCUCAAAAUCGGGCGUCCGGAGGGAGUCGACCCAGACGAAGCUACAGAGAUGGAAGAACGGCUGCGCCAUAUCGUCUGGAAGAAGCGUAAAUGGUUGAUCGGAAAAGGCGACACUCUGCCACCUGCAGCGAAGGGUGUCAUCUGCGACAUCGACGUGGGAAACACGAGGCCCGUCGCACAACGCGUCCGGAAGUUCUCGUCGCAGUUUCGCGAGAAACUAGCCAAUAUGUUCCAAGGACUUCUCAGCGCGCGUAUGAUCCGCGCGUCGAAGUCACCUUGGGCUUCCCCCAUUGUCGUCAUCGUAAAGAAGAACGGCGUCGACAUUAGACUCUACCUCCUGGAAGACUUGGAUAAGUACCGAUGGUACUGCUCCUUAGAUAUGGUCAGCGGAUUUUGGGUAGUCCCGAUGUCGGACCGAGCCCGUCUUAUCUCCUCGUUUAUCAAACCAUUCGGUCUGUUCGAGUGGCUGCGUAUGCCAUUCGGUUUAUGCAACGCGCCACAGAUAUACCAGUCGUUGAUAGACAACGCGCUGUACGGCUUCUGGAAACUCUCGCCGACUGAAGAUACCCGCGAUGUUUUCAAGGACGGGGUCCCGUCCAAGCAUGGAAUACGGUCCGUGCGUGGUCGACGGUCCUAUAUUGACGAUAUUCUGAUCGGGGGAAAGUCUUGGGAUGACUUGUGCGAGAAGGUGGAACGUCUCCUCGAGGUCUCAGAAAACGGACUCGGGGCGAAGCCAAAGAUCUUGGAAGCACUAGCGGCGCUGGAUUUUCCGCGCACGCAAAAAGGGUUGCAGUCGUUCUUGGGUAGUCUAAAUUACUACCACCGCUUUAUCCCAGCCUUCGCGAUCUUUGCGACCGCGCUCUACUCCCUCUCAGCCAGCGACUUCGAGGAACGCGCCACGAAUCCAGAGAUGCGUGAUGUAGAAAAGGGGAACCACACGGAACGCGCGUUCGCGACACUUCGCAGCAAGAUCGCGGCUACCCCGAUGAUAAAGCAUUUCGACGCGGAUAGACAGCCAGUGGUGAUUGUGUCCGCGAGUGAUUGGGCCGUCCUGACUCAAGAGCAUGACGGAAUAUACAUGCCCGUCAAGUUCACUAGGCAGACAUUGAAGCCCAACGAGUUGAACUACAACAUCACUGAGAAGGAGAUCCUAGCGUUGUUGCGCAGCUUGAACGAGUGCUAG